AUGCUGUGGAAUCUCAAUUCUGGACUACGGAUCAAAAACGCCCGGAAUAUAUUCAAUCCAACCCCCUUUUUCAAUACAGCUUUAUUGACGGGAGCACAAUCAACCCGCACCAAUGUGGCCAGGUCUGCCGUGCGUGCUUUUGCGACCGAGGCGCCGUCCAACCCCGUCCCUCCUGCCAGAACCAGCUUUGGUAAUCUCAAGGACGAGGACCGCAUUUUCACCAACAUCUAUGGAUUCCACGAUUACAAGCUGAACGGCGCUCUUAAGCGUGGAGACUGGUACAAGACUAAGGAAAUCUUGCUCAAGGGCCACGAUUGGAUCUUGAACGAGAUGAAGGAGUCUGGACUCAGAGGACGCGGUGGUGCCGGUUUCCCCUCGGGAUUGAAGUGGAGCUUCAUGAAUAAGCCCUCGGAUGGCCGCCCUCGUUAUUUGGUCGUCAACGCCGAUGAGGGUGAGCCCGGUACCUGCAAGGAUCGUGAGAUCAUGCGCGGAGACCCUCACAAGCUGGUCGAGGGAUGCUUGGUCGCUGGACGUGCCAUGAAUGCCAACGCCGCUUACAUUUAUAUCCGUGGAGAGUUCUACAAUGAGGCCUCCAAUCUUCAGGUCGCCAUUAACGAGGCAUACAAGGCUGGACUGAUCGGCAAGAACGCUUGCGGAUCUGGAUACGAUUUCGAUGUGUAUAUUCACCGCGGUGCUGGAGCAUACAUUUGCGGAGAAGAAACUGCUUUGAUCGAGUCGAUCGAGGGCAAGGCUGGCAAGCCCCGUCUGAAGCCUCCAUUCCCUGCCGAUGUCGGUCUUUUCGGCUGCCCCACGACGGUCGCCAAUGUCGAGACCGUUGCUGUUGCGCCCACGAUCUUGAGACGCGGCGGCAAGUGGUUCGCUGGAUUCGGUCGUCCCCGCAACGCUGGAACAAAACUGUUCUGUAUCUCGGGACACGUCAACAACCCCUGCACUGUCGAGGAGGAGAUGUCGAUUCCCUUGAAAGAGCUGAUUGAGAAGCACUGUGGAGGUGUCAAGGGCGGCUGGGAUAACUUGCUCGGAAUUAUUCCUGGAGGAUCUUCGGUCCCGGUCUUGCCUCGCCAUAUUUGCGACGAUGUGCUGAUGGAUUUUGAUGCGCUUCGCGAUGUGCAGUCUGGUUUGGGAACUGCGGCUGUGAUUGUGAUGGACAAGUCGACGGAUAUUGUGUCGUCGAUCUCGCGUCUUUCGGCGUUCUACAAGCACGAGUCCUGUGGACAGUGCACGCCAUGCCGUGAGGGAACGUCGUGGUUGGCGAACAUGAUGCAUCGCUUUGAGCAUGGUCAGGCGCGUCCUCGCGAGAUUGAUAUGAUUGAGGAGCUGUCGAGGGAGAUUGAGGGACACACUAUCUGUGCUUUGGGAGAUGCGGCCGCAUGGCCUGUCCAGGGAUUGAUUCGCCAUUUCCGCCCGGAGCUGGAGGCCCGCAUGGCUCAGUUCAAGCAGGAGGCCCAGGUUCAGGUUUAA